UUGCUACGAAAUACCUUAUAAUUAAAGCUUGCUUACUGCGCAUGUCUACCAAAACCAGCUGUGAAGGAGGCGGUGCUUCAGUGACGUAUCAGGAAGAGCUCUCCACUCCCCCACGCGUGUUGUGGAUUCCUCAGUUUCACGGUUAAAGAGGAUCAUCUGACUUUGUGAGAGGUUGCAGCGUUUGUGUACAAACACAACUCUUUCUCGUCUGUCAGUCUGUUGGAUUGUCGGUCAGGUGUGUUGAUGAUGUCAUCAUCAGAGGACCAGCUGUGUCUGAACAUCCACAGCGGUUUUUCCUCCUCAUCAUUGACCAAUAGGAAACCUCUGAGUGCUCAGCAGAGAUGGGUCACAUUGAAGAAGCAGAGAGCAGAGAAGAGAAAGUUCAGCUCCCAAGAGGAGGAGCCGGCAAAGAAGAAAAGAGGCUCCUUUAAAGAGAGGGGACUCCAGCACAGUGACACAGCAGAGGAGGAGGAAGAGGAGGAGGAGGAGGAAGAGGAGGAGGCAGACACUCAGAUAGACAGCAGGGCACCACAGAAGAAGACAAAAGAAAAAGAGAAGAAGAAGGAUGGAGUUAAGGAAACAGGAAGGAGCAGCAUUAAGACGUCCUCUUUGUUCAAGCACAACCCCGAGAUCCCGGAAAUCCACAGACCUGCCGUCUCUCUGGUAAAGGAAAAGAUUUUCACCAGUGACUCCUUCUCAGACUUGGACCUGCAUCCACAUCUGGUGGCAACACUGAACAAAGUCCUGAAUGUUUCCAUAGUGACAAGUGUUCAGAAACAGACUAUUCCAGUUCUUCUCUCAGGACGAGACGCUGUAGUCCGGUCUCAGACGGGUUCAGGUAAAACCCUGUCCUACGCCGUCCCCGUGGUCCAGAGUCUGCAGGCGGUCCAGCCCAAGAUCAGCAGGUCAGAUGGUCCUCUGGCUGUCGUCAUCGUCCCAACCAGAGAGCUCGCCCAGCAGACAUUUCAGACUUUCCAGAAGCUCCUUAAGCCGUUUAUGUGGAUUGUCCCAGGUGUUCUGAUGGGAGGAGAGAAGAGGAAAGCAGAGAAGGCAAGGCUGCGUAAAGGCAUCAACAUCCUGGUUUCAACUCCUGGACGUCUGGUGGAUCAUAUCAAAAACACCCUGAGCAUCGCCUUUAGUGCUGUUCGCUGGCUCAUCUUGGACGAGGCUGAUCGGACGUUGGACUUGGGUUUUGAGAAGGAUCUGACAGUCAUUUUAAACAGUUUGAACUCUAAAGGACCAAGCAGACAGAACGUCCUGUUGUCUGCUACACUGACAAGCGGUGUGAAUUGGUUAGCAGAUGUUUGUCUGGACGAUCCAGUCAGCAUCCAAGUGUCUGGCUCCGCCCCCCCUGACCUCAAAGGCUCUACUUCUGACCUCAGCACAGCCAGCAAAUCAGAGAGCUUUGCUGUCCCAGAGCAUCUGAAGCAGUUUGUUGUGGUUGUUCCCAGUAAGAUCAGACUAGUAUGUCUGGCUGCCUUCAUACUGGACAAAUGCAAGUUUUCUCAGAACAAACUUGUUAUCUUCGUCUCGAGCUGUGAAGCUGUCGAGUUUCUACACUCUCUCUUCAAUUCAGUCCUCUCUGGCCCCUCGACCAAUAACAAGCCUAAACUCAGCUUCAUGCGUCUUCAUGGCAACAUGAAGCAGGAGGAGCGCUCAGACGUCUUUCAGCAGUUUUCUGUCUCUAAAUCUGGAGUCCUGUUCUGCACAGAUGUGGCAGCCAGAGGUCUGGACCUCCCUGCUGUUUCCUGGAUCAUUCAGUACACUCCUCCAUCAGCAGCAGCAGAGUACGUCCACCGUGUUGGUCGGACAGCUCGGAUCGGAGGAAAAGGAAGCAGCCUCCUGUUCCUCACACCUGCUGAGACUGCCUAUAUCCCUGAGCUGACCAAUCACAAAAUCAGCCUGGAAGAGAUGAAGCUGCAGGACAUCCUCUCUUGCCUGAUGAUGGACGACACCUACAAGGGACGGGGGAAAUACCACAGCAAGAGUUCAUCCAAAGCUCUGGAGCAGGAGACCAGAGAGAGAGCGACGGUCCUGCAGACGGAGUUUGAAAACGUUGUUCACGCAGAUACUCAGUCAGUGCAGAACGCCAAGAAAGCAUUGCAGUCCUUCCUAAGAGCAUACACCACCUACCCUGCCCACCUCAAACACAUCUUCCACAUCCGCUCCCUCCACCUGGGACACACGGCCAAGAGCUUCGGCCUUCGGGACGCUCCGCAGGGCCUAAGCGCCAUCACUGGAGGUGCCAAGACUCACAAUAAGAACCAGAACAAGAACCAGAGCAGGAGCCCCGUCAAGAACCAGAACAAGGCGAGCGGCGGAGCAGGACAGAGGAGAGCCGGGGAGAAGAGGUUUUCUUCCAGUCAGAGGGAGCUCAGUCUUUCCCGCUCCGAGUUUUCUAAUGGGAUGGAGGAAGGUAAUGCCAAGAAAAAGAAGAAGAAGAAGAAGUUUGGUCAGUCAGGAGAAGAGGAGGAGAAAUGAGCAGCUAGAAAGGAACAGGCGAUAUACACAGCUGACUGGUCAAGAAGAUGCACUGGACAUUUGGCUCAUAGGGGACAGGAGUGAGGAGUUCUGAAUUAUUUACAGGAUGACUAAAAGUUCUGGAAAAUCCUGGGAGUCCUAUAAAAGUCUGAUGGUGUGUUUAGACCUGUGUCAUGUAUACAGGGUGGUGUGAGGACACUCAGUCUUUUAUGUCCAAGCAAACUGAGCCAAAGACGCAUCUAUAAUGUAAAAUUCUACAGUUUUACUGAUGGCUCAUUGGCUUAUCUCGAGUUGUGAGGUCAAGUUCGCUCCCUAUUUGAACACAUUUAAAAUAUGUGAACUCUUGGCAAUAUUUAAAAAUCUGAAACAAUGUCACAAAAACUAUUUACAUCAUUAUUAAUUUCUUCUCAACCUUAAAAAAAGGUUUCAGUUUAUUCUUCAGUGUUCAGGUGUGUUGUGCCAGGAGUCAAGUGUUGAGGUUUCUGGAGCCGCUCACGUCACACACCUCAUUAUGUGUUUGAGGACAGACAACUUAAAAAUAUGAAAAUAUAAAUAUAUAUUUUUUAUUUUUUCACAACUUCAGAAUAGUGUUUUCAACAUUUGUGAUGUUUAAAAAUAAAUAACUUGUAUUUUA